CUUCUGUAGGCGUGGAACACAACUUGCCCAAAUUGGCUGGCAGCAGAGGCUGCUCUGGAAAAGUACUACCUUUCCAUUUUUUAUGGGAUCGAGUUUGUUGUGGGAGUCCUUGGGAAUAGCGCUGUUGUUUUUGGCUACCUCUUCUGUCUGAAGAACUGGAAUAGCAGUAACGUUUAUCUCUUUAACCUCUCUAUCUCCGACUUGGCUUUUUUGUGCACACUUCCCAUGCUGAUUAGAAGUUAUUCUCAUGGAAAGUGGAUAUAUGGGGACAUGCUCUGUAUAAGCAACCGAUAUGUGCUUCAUGCCAAUCUCUAUACCAGCAUUCUUUUUCUCACUUUUAUCAGCAUUGAUCGAUACCUGCUCAUGAAGUAUCCUUUCCGGGAACACUUUCUACAAAAGAAGGAGUUUGCUGUUUUAAUCUCUUUGGCUAUUUGGGUUUUAGUAACCUUAGAGCUACUGCCCAUACUUUCUCUUAUAAAUCCUAAUUUAGCUGCCAAUGGCACCAACUGUAUUGAUUAUGCAAGUUCUGGGAACGCCCAAAGCAGCCUCAUUUAUAGCAUAUGCCUAACCUUCUUGGGAUUCCUCAUUCCCCUUUUGGUGAUGUGCUUCUUUUAUUUCAAGAUUGCUCUUUUCCUAAAGCAGAGGAGCAGGCAGCUUGGUACUGCUUUGCCCCUUGAAAAGCCUCUCACCUUAGUCAUCAUGGCCGUUGUGAUCUUCUCUGUGCUUUUUACUCCCUACCACAUCAUGCGGAACGUGAGGAUCGCUUCACGCCUGGAGAAGUGGAAGGAAUACCAAUGCACUCAGGCAGCCAUCAACUUCUUCUACAUUUUGACUAGGCCUUUGGCCUUUCUGAACAGUACCAUCAACCCUGUCUUCUAUUUCCUUUUGGGAGAUCACUUCAGGGAGAUGUUGAUGAGUAAACUGAGGCACCAAUUCAAAUCCCUUACAUCCAUUAGAAGAUGA